UAUCUGAUUGGUAGGCAUAUCUUUCCAUUGCUAUUAGACCUUCUUUUUACUAGGAGGCAGGGGCGGGCUGACCAUUUGGAAACUUGGGCACUGCCUGAGGGCCCGGGGUCACUAGGGGGCCCCAUGAGGUGCCCCUGGUACCUAUUUCAUAGGCUUUUUUUAGUUUGGGCAAGGACACAGGGGCCUCAUGAUCCCCUAUUGCCCGGGGGCCCCAUGAGUUGUCAGUCCGCCCCUGCUAGGUGGUCAUUUAUAUCUGGUGAGUUUGCUUGGCCCCUGGGGAUUCCUGAAAGAUAGGGCCCGGGGUCAGUAGGGGGCCCCAUAAAAUGCCUCUGGUACCUUUUAUAGGCUUUUUUGGUUUGGGCAAGGACACAGGGGCCCCAUGAUCCCCUAUUGCCCGGGGGCCCCAU